AUGGCCGACACACCCACCAUCGCCUUGAACAUUCAAGGAGGACAGUUGACUGGAAAGGUGACUGUGGCGAAGGAAGCACCAAUUCUCCAUCUGAAGGGACAGAUUGAAUUGGUUAUGGGUGUCAACCCUAGCAGGCAGACUCUCAGCUUCAAUGGCCAAGUCUUGGACGACACUCAAACUGUCAAAUUCUACAAUCUGAUUUCUGGUGCCACAGUGAUUCUUGCCAUGACACCACUUGCUGGAGAUCCCAAGUUCCUUAUCAUGCUAUCGUCCGGUUCCUGGAAUUACGCUGUGAAUGUGAAGGAGACUGGGUUGGUUGAGGAUUUGAAGGCCAAGAUUGGAAAGAAGUGGGCUGUUCCUGCCACUGAUGUUACUCUGACUCGCCAUGGUGAAGAAAUGGAAGAUGGUUUUCCACUGUCUGCAUAUCUGGUUUGCGAGGAUUGUGUUGUGGGAUUCAAAGUGAACAAUGAAAUGUUGACGACACCACCACCAUAUAUAAAAAAUGACUAG